AUGGCUUCCCUGUUUGAAUUCUACGGACUAACCCGAAGACAAUGCCCGGAAGAUAACACUUUGGCUCGCCGUGAGACUUCAAGCAAGCGUGCUGUGGAGGAUGUUGGGAAGGACACACAAAUUGGAAGCCUGGGUCCUACUCAAUCACAGAUAGUCUCCCUUCUGGAAACCGUCAGAGAACUCGACUGGUCAGACCUAAACGCCAAAGAACUGAGAUCCAACACCCAACGCAUAGCAGCUGAGCUGCAUCGUCGCGGAGAGGCUGUAACACCAUGCGAACAAUGCACCCGUGGGGGAGCCUGGGAUACCUGUGUCGUCUUUCCGGUGUACAAAGGGCGAUCCGUGUCAUCAUACGCAUGUUCAAAUUGCAUCCAUCGUCACAGAGGAAAUAGGUGCAGUCAUAGACAGGCAUUUGAGGAUCAAGGUGGCCAGCCUUGGGAUAUCAAAAUCACCGCUCAGGUUGUAGCCCAUGGUGGUCUUCGCAAGGUCAUGGCCAAGGAAUCCCAAGACCCUACAUUCAGUAUCAAUGGAGACCCCCCCAUUGUGACCAAAAAGCGCAAAGAACGCGAGGCGAGCACUGAAAACCAGGCGCAAGUUCCAGUCACCCCGAAGAAGCCCCGUCUUAGUAGCGGCUCGCCCCGCGAAAGAUCGGCAUUCGAUGGUGAAUCUCUACCCUGGCCCGUAUCCCCUACUUCGUGGAAUAACCCCAUCAAACUGCGUUCUAUCAUGAAGGACCUGAAAUCGUUUGCACACAUUACCGAAGUGCGAAUCGCGAAGCUGGAAGCAGAGAGAAAGCGCAUGUCUUCGACGGAAUACUGGAACCAGGAAGCAGCAGACCUUUUUUCUGAUGGGCAGUUGAACUUGGGUAUGAGGGAGUAA